AUGGCGCAGAAGGAAAUGAAGAAAACGGUAUACACAGAAAUGAUCUAUCUCGGUCCAGCAUUUAAGCCGCUGAACGAUGUGAGUACAGAUGAGGUUUCCUCUCUGAUUCAAAACGGUAAUCUGCAGGUUGAAGACACUUCUGUUCAACUUUACGAUGGCGAAGAAGUACGCAGAUUGUUCGCCUUUCAACAGCAUGGCUUUGAGUAUUGGCAACUGAACAACAUAAUCUCGGAAGCACUUCACCAACUAGCAGCAGUACCCACCGAACGAGCGAAUCGAAUUCGUCUACGACAGAGCAUUAUUCCAUUGUUAACAGAAUGGGGUCACCAGCUCAAUUUGAAAUUCAAUCUUGUCGUGCCUUUGGACACCGUAUACCGAGACACGAACCAUAAACAACAUUCGAAUGCCUUUGGUCCAGUGUGCUUUGCUCAUGUUGAUUUUCCCAGUACGAAUUUUACCGAAACACUUUUUCACUUUAAAGACACAUGGAAAGUCAAUAUUGAGCUAGCGUUAGGCCUACAACCUCAUACAUUAACGGAUGAACAGUAUACCAGCGUACAAGUAGAAAAAGUAGUAAACAUAUGGAUGCCACUUACGCCCUGUCCUACUAAGAACACCCUUGCUGUCAUGGAUUACAGCUCAAUCGAUCAAUUCGAUCAAGAACUACAGCCGUAUACUGCUGUACGACGAACAGGCAACCAUUUCACUGCACUAGGCGUGUACUUUCGUGACUAUCACCGAUGGAUAUGUCAGUCAGACAUGAAGAUAGGUGAUGCAGUAGUAUUUGACACUUUACAUACACCACAUUCCGCUGCAACAAUUGAGCGACCUGAUGCUCGACAAGACCAUCGACAGAGCGUCGAAGUUCGUGUUUUAUUUUUAAAUGUGUCACCAGCUGUUUAUCGUUGA